GAAUUCAGUUUAACUGGAUUGAUAUAAUGUCAGGAACUACAAAUCUAAUUAACAUUUCUACAAUAAUUAGCGUUGAUUCAAUCACUGUCCAACUUAUUCCUCAGAAAAAAGGAAUAAUUUUGAGACAUGUUGAAUAUCUGGUUAAGUCUGAAAGAUUUAGAUCGGAGGUUAACAGGAGAUAUUCAGAUUUUCAGUCUCUGUACGAGCUCCUACUGCAAAGGUUUCCCUACAGGAUAGUUCCAAAGCUCCCGCCAGCCAAGUUAAUGGCAAAGGUGGCGGGUGUUGACAGCGACACCAUUGAUCAGCGGAGGAAAGCAUUAACACGCUGGCUUUCUAUCGUGACGUCACAUCCAGCUUUCAGCAUGGAUCUCAUGAUCAAGUUCUUUCUGACUGACAUCUCUAAUGAUUUUGCAAAUUAUCUGAAAGAUCAGUUCAGGCAUCUCCCAGAUGAGUUUAUGCUCAAUGAAGACGGACCAAGGGCAAGAGAUGUUGCCACCCCUGGAUUAAGGGCUAGUGUUAUGGCUUACCGGACAAAAAUGUCCAGCUUAUUGGAGGUUUUGCAUCAUUUGGGAACUUUAUUUGGGUCCAUGGUUAGAAGACAAGGACAAACAGCUACAGAUAUUGACCAACUUUCUAAGGAGUUUGCUCUGCUCUCCAAUAGUGAUGUAUCCCCUACUUCUGAAUGGACGAGAAUAAAGGAACAAAUGUAUUCUGCUUCUAAACAGUUUAGUUUACUGGGAAAGAAGUAUGCUGUUCUUGAACAUGCUGAAGAUGAUGAUUGUCUUCAGAAGGUUCUUCUUCUCCUGGAUGUACUCAAUGGGUUUGAAGAUCUCUCUCAGCGACAUGAGAAAGGUUUGGCUCAAGACCAGAAAAGAGGAAUGGAAAAGCUUGGAAUGAUAAAACGAAGAGAUACAAGAGGUGUGCUGGCUGUAAACUCUACCUGGCGGGAACAAAUUGAACAAAGGAUUGGGGAACAUGAGAUUGUACUCUCAGAUCUGGAAAGUAGACAGGCCUUCGCCCUUCUCUGUAUAAAUGAAGAAACUAAGCUCUGUCUUCUAUAUUUUGAAAUCCUGGGGAAUCUGCUGGAGUCUUUGUCAAGCCUGGAGAACAAGCAUCUCUCUGAAAUAUCUACUCUAUGGGCAAACCUCAUCAAAUAAUCUCCUGAAGUCCUUGUCUAUUCUGGAGAACAAACAUCUCUCCGAUAUAUCCCCUCUCUGAUCAAAUCUUAUCAAAUGAUUUCCUUGAGUCCUUGGCAAGCUUGGAGAAAAAGAAUAUCUCAGAUAUAUUCACUCUCUGAUUUUAACUCAUCAAAUAAUCUCCCGGAGUCCUUGUCAAGCUUGGAGAACAAGAAUAUCUCUGAUAUAUCUACUCUCUGGUCUAAAAGCAUCAUAUCAUCUCCUGGAGUCCUUGUCAAGCUUGGAGAACAAGUAUCUAUCCAAUAUAUUUACUCUCUGGUCUAAACUUAUCAAAUAAUCUCCUGGAGUCCUUGUCAAGCUUGGAGAACAAGUAUCUAUCCAAUAUAUUUACUCUCUGGUCUAAACUUAUCAAAUAAUCUCCAGGAGUCCUUGUCUAGCUUGGAGAACAAGAAUAUCUCUGAUAUAUCUACUCUCUGGUCCAAACUUAACAAAUAAUCUCCAGGAGUCCUGUGUCAAGCUUGGAGAACAAGAAUAUCUCUGAUAUAUCUACUCUCUGGUCUAAACUUAACAAAUAAUCUCCAGGAGUCCUAUGUCUAGCUUGGAGAACAAGAAUAUCUCUGAUAUAUCUACUCUCUGGUCUAAACUUAUCAAAUAAUCUCCUAGAGUCCUUGUCAAGCUUGGAGAACAAGAAUAUCUCUGAUAUAUCUACUCUCUGGUCUAACCUCAGCAGAUAAUAAUUCACAAAUAUUUUUGUGAUUUUGCUUUACAUAUUGAAAUUUUGCAUUUAAUAUCUAAGAAGUAUUUACCUUUUCUGAUUCAUUGAAAACGAGAAAACGCAAAAAUUUAUCAGAAUUUAAAAACU